GCUUCGUGUUAGUAAUUGGGUUUCUGGCCUUUGUUCAUUGGCAUCCAUAUAUAUAACAUAUCGCCUUUCUUUGCACUCCUUCUCCUAGUCCUCUUCCUCUUCUUGCAGGGUUUUUGAUUUUACGCCUGUGCUUCUCUUCCCUUCCUUCUCUGGUUUUGCUCUCUGACGGUGAUAAGCUUCAGUGGAAAAAAAAGCCGCUUACAUAAUCCCUCUUUGACAAACCGUAUACAUGAGUGGUGUUCCUAAGGUUGCGAUCAUCGGUGCUGGACCAUUGGGUCUAGGCUUUGCAAAGGCCAUUGCAGCAGAGCCUAACGCAAAGAACAUUUUCGGCUCAAUCGAUGUGUACGAAAGACGUCCUCAAGCCGGUGGAUUAUGGAAUCACACUGGUGAUAAGUCAAAGGUGACUUUUGCGCUUUCCGAAUCAAAGGCUAACAAAAAUGCAUUGAAAGUCACCGACAACGACCCACACUUGUCUCCAAUGUACAAACAUACGGAGACAAACAUUGUGAAGGACAUGAUGAGAUACAAAGACUACCCUCUCCCAGCAAACUCCAACACUUUCCCCAACAGAUCCGAGGUGCUCAAUUACUUACUCGACUACCAAAAGACUAUACCAGAUUUCGUCAACUUCAAGUUCAACACCAAGGUGCAAUCCCUGUUGAAAAACACAGACAACAACAAAUGGGAAUUGAAGACGGCAGAAUCAGGUGAAACGCAAAACUACGAUAAAGUCAUUCUGGCCCACGGACACUUUGACACCCCUUUCGUGCCAAAGGCAGAGGGGCUUUUAAACUGGUUCAAUAAGGACCCAACAUCUGUAUCUCACGCCAAAUAUUACAACGAUGUCGAAAAGUUCAAGGACCAAAAAGUGCUGAUCAUUGGCAACUCUGCAUCCGGUAUCGAUAUCUCAACGCAAUUGCUGACUGUUGCCAAGGGCAUCGUGAUGUCUUGUGUUGGUGAGCCAAUGUUCAAAGGCGUCAUCGAAGACUCAACCGAACAGGUCGACCGUGUUAUCAAAUAUGAUUUUGAAAACAACAGAUCUGUGACAACUCAGUCGGGCAAAGUCAUUUCAGGCAUUGAUAAGAUUUUAUUCUGUACUGGUUAUCUUUAUGAGGUUCCAUUCCUCAAAUCAUACAUCAGUGGUCCUAAGUCAUUAAUAACGGACGGCUCUCACUUACGUUACUUAUACAAACAGCUUUUCUACAUCCCAGAUCCUUCUCUCAUCCUCGCAGGAUUGCCAAAAUCUAUCAUUCCUUUCCCAUUCGCCGAAGCUCAAGGCCAAUACGUUGCCAGAAUUUUAUCUGGUAGACUGCAAUUGCCAUCAACCGAAGACAUGUACGCCGAUUAUGAGCGCGAGGUGGCAACCCGUGGCAAUGGAUCCACUUUCCACAUCAUGGGUAAUUUGAAGGAUGCCCAAUACUGUAACGACAUGUAUGAACUCAUCAAAGGCACCGAGAACGAGGGAUUUGUUGCUAACUUCUGGGACGAGCAAAUGAUGGAACUCAGAAAGAAGACCGGUGAAAUCAAAAAGAGUAGAUUCAAUGUUCUAGUCAAAUACGCUCAAGGUUUGAGGGAACAGGGCAAGCCUUUCGUUGCUCUCAAGCAAAAUUAAAUAGAUAAUGUCGUUCAACUUAUCAAUUUUGAAUGUCACGAUGUUAGCUUGGUCCAAUUGGACAUCAACUCAAUUAAGUUUAAGAUGUACGAUUUAAUGUUUUUUCUUGUUUGGUGUGGUAAUAUAUUUCUUCUAUAAUUCAUUUCUCUAUAAUUUUUAAAAAAAUUUCAAAGCUUUUAUACCAUUAUUUAUCAUGUUGCGUAUAAUUCAUAUCUAAUUUACAG